AUGGACUGCUCAGUGUUCCAACUUCAGAACGACUCAGUAGAUGUAUAUAUUGAUGGUGGAGUGGCAGAGGCGCCUGCAGAAGAAGGCAGUGUACAAUAUGUAUUGAAUCAAAGGAAACAGUAUGAUCGACUUAGACAAGCAUUCAUACUUGGUUGCACACAGAGGAGACUUAAUGUCGCUCAAAGGGCACUCUACUAUCAAGCAUUGGCAAGACACUUUAACAUUGGUGGUGAUGACGAAGAGGAAUAUGAUGAUGAAGAAUAUGACAUUGAUGACAUUGAAUAUCAACUUGAAGAUCAAUAUGACGUAGACAAUGUGGAGGAUGCCGAUGAUGUACAUAUCAAUCACAAUGACAAAGACAACAACAAUACAUCAUCUACAUCAUUAUCAAGCUCUGGAAGUGCUGGCUUUCAAUUGGGCGACAGCCAACAACAUACAUUGGACAUGGACAGAGAUGAGGAUGUUGUGGUGGCACAGUCAUUGGAAGAUGAUGUAUUGAUGCAAGAACGAGUGGAUGAUGGUGAUACAGAAGUAAAGACACCAGAGAAUGUGGAUACACAACAAGAGAUACAGGAGGAACCUCCAACAACAACUACCUCAACAACAGAGACUACAAAGACACAAGAUGAAGAGAAUGUACAUACAUCACCAGUGGCCAGACGCCCGAUGAUGACUCGUCAAAGAUCACUUGCCAAUCAGAUGACAAAGAAGAAUGUACCAGUGAUGACUCCUGUCAAGAAGAAGGCAAAGACAGCGGCUACUUCAAAGAGGAAUGUUCAAACACUUCAAUGCGAUCAUUGUGGAGACACUUCAUCUAGAUAUUGGACAACAGGUCCCAAUGGACCAAGGACCCUGUGCAAGGGUUGUGGAGUCAAGUGGGCCGAGAAAGUUGCCGCUGCCGCCAAGUCUCCUCCACCUACACCGGCAGUCUCCAAGCCUUCCACCUCGACUGGCAAGAAGCCUGCUGCUGCGAUCAAAAAGGCUGUGGCCAAGAAGCCUGCUGCUGCGACAAGAGGGGGCUCAAGGAAGAAGGCGGAAGAAGUGCCAGAGCCUAAGGAGAUGCCAACUCCACUCAACAGGUUCAAGGCGGUCUUGCAGUCAGCAUCAAGGGAGCUGGCCAAGAGUCGUGGCAUUCGUAUGAAUCUGGCGGCACACGAUAAGGAGAAUGGCAACAUCAGCACAUCACUGGCAGAUCAACAAUCAUGGACAAGUGAUGAGAUUGACAAACUGAAUGCGGCCAAGAAGAAGGUCAAACCAACGGACUACCAUCACUACUGGGACAAGAUAGCACAGAUGGUUGGAACAAAGACUGCCGAGCAAUGUCAACAGCAAUCAAACAGCAUCUUCCUCACUCCCAACAAAAACAAGAAGAGGAAGAAGGAUGAUGAGGAGGAGGAGGAGGAGGACAAUGGCAAGACAGAGAUAUCGCCAAUCAAGCUGGACUCAAGGUCAUUGAACACAUUGAAGACAAAGAGAAAGAUCAGAGAGUUCAUUUUAGAGCAAACCAAGUCCAAGAAGACGAAUGACAUUGUCAAUACUACACCAUUCAAGAGAACUUAUAAACAGUUUGUUCCAAGCACAUAUUUGAAUGACUCGUUGGAGGAAGACGAUCUAUUCAAUCCACAGGCAUCAUCCUCCAAGACAUCAAAGGCCUCCAAGAAGGCCACUUCAACUACAUCAACUUCAUCAACCACAUCAUCAUCGUCAUCAUCAACCUCGACCAACCCUCCUAUCACACCAAUCAAGAUCAACCAAGGCAAAUGGGACAGUUAUAUACAAAGCCUAUCAACUCAGAUUAACAAGGAGAAGAAUCUAAAGGUUAAGAUGGCCAAUGAACUAAGUGGAGCUACGUCGAUGAUCAAGCCCCGCCAAGGCAACAGCAAGCCGACAUUUGCCGAGCAAAAGAAGUCAAUGGACAUUGUCAAGAAGAUCACUAUGGACUACCGUCGCAAGCAGGAACAGAUAGACAAUCCAGAUGAGUCUGACCCCGACUACUACUACGACGAAGAUGAGGCCAAUACAUCAUCAGACAUGCUAUGA